AUGGCACCCUACACUGAGCAAGUCCUUAUCUGCACCGGGAAAGACGACUGGACUAGCCGAAUAGAAGACGAAGAGUCCACGUCUGGGGACUUCGUCCGCGCCCUAAAAGGCGAAAUAGGAAGAGGAGGAAAGGGCUUUGAUAGGAUAAACGCGAUACCAAACACCAAAGAAUCAUACGCCGCUUUCGCAACCGCGUACCUCAAAGCACGGACCCUGCACCCCGCACACGCAGGCCUCACACCCGAGCAAAAAGCUGCGCUCACUCGCGACGAGAGCCAGGCUUCCCUCCUUCCCACCCCAGAAUCUAUAACUAAACCCACCGUCCUUAUCUGUGGCCACGGCGGCCGCGACCAGCGCUGCGGGAUCCUUGGACCGAUGCUGCAAUCGCGCUUCCGCGAGGCGUUCGUGAAGAGAGGGAUUGACGCCGAAGUGGGGUUGAUCAGCCACAUCGGAGGCCAUAAGUACGCUGGGAACGUGAUUGUUUAUUUGCCCCCCGGGAUGCAGGGGAAUGCGUGGGCGGGAAGUGGGAUAUGGUAUGGCCGUGUUGGGCCGGGGAAUGUUGAGGAAGUGGUGGACGCAACGGUCGUCAAUGGGCAGGUUAUUUUCGAUUUGCUGCGCGGUGGGAUUACACAGGAUGGGAGGGAUAUUGCUAGGAUGUUGGAGCCGCCGAAAGAGGAUGGGGGACUGAAGUUGAAGCCGAGGGGGAGGGCGAGCGCAUGA